AUGAAAGAAGCAAUUUCCAAGGACUUUAAUAGCUAUUUUUGCCUAUGUGGAGAAUAUUCUUUAUCCAUUUCUUCAAAUCUCAAGAACCUUCCAAAAAGACAACAUGACGACGCAUUAGUGAUUGACAAAACAAGACAUACUUUUCGUAUAAAAUUCAUAAAACAACCAGAACCCAUAAUACUAGAAAGAGAAGAUGGUUAUGAAAAACGUUGGAUGUACAAUUGUCGUAGAUGUGAAGUUUGGUUAGCUUAUGAAUUACCAGGUAUUGAGACAGCAAAAAACUACUUAUACUUAAUAUCCAAGGGUUUAGUAUCUGAACCCUUUGCAACUCCACCUGUUUAA